AUGAUUGGGCAGAUGACCAAGGAUGAUCUGGACAAAGUACACAAGAGAGUAAAUGACUUGUUAUAUGAUAUUGAAGUCCAGCCUCUUUGGGAAGAGAUGCAUGCUGCAACGGAUGAAAUCAAAGCAGAAGAGAAACCAGUUCAAAAACCGGUACAGAUUUUGCAAAAGAAGCGUCAUCUUGAUCUUUUCAUAGAUGAAGAACAGGAGGAGAAGUUCUGGGAAGUGCAGAGUAAAAAGAUGAGGUUGGCUGAAAUGGCAAUAAUGAAGAAAGAAAAUGACAAUGAUAGAUUUGGGACUAACGAUGCAUUGUUGGCCCAAAAGACCGAUUCUGAAACGAACGAUGCAGAUGAAAACGAGGAGGAAGAGUGGUUUGAUGAGGAGCAAGACGGGUCUGGUGAGGAAGAGAGGGGUCUGAUGAUGAGGAAGAGGGAACAAGAAAUUCCAAAUAAGAGGAUGCAAGAAGAACAAAAUAGGAGACAGGAAGAAUUUGAUAGGCAAAGGAUUGCGAACGAAGAAGAGUACCAGUUUUGGAUCAGAAAAUAUGAAGCAAGGUGUGCAAGGAAGAGGAGAGAAAGGCAAGAAAUGAUAGAGAGACUUGAACGUUAUAGGAUUAAGACAAGAAGUACCACAGAAAGUGAAAGUGAUGAGGAAGGUGGAGAAGAAGUAGAAUUUGAUGAGGAUGAUAGCAGCAGUGUAUCUACUGAUCCAGAAAUAGAGGCUCGAGAGAGAAGAAGACAUGAGAGAGAUGAUGCAGAAAUGUAUCUACUCUAUUUGGCAGAGAAAGCUCAACCCAGAAUAUUUGCUCGUACCAUGUCUGAACCCCUGAAUGUGGAUUCAGACGGUGAGGAGAUACCAGGGAUGGAUGUAAAUGGCAAUCCUAUUGCAGCAGAGGUUCAGGAAGAAGAAAAUGAGGGAUCAGAAGAUGAUGAGGAUGGAGGUUAUGGUCCUGCAGCUUCUACCAGCACUAAUAGCGGCGUAGACUUCUCCUGUGAAGAAGAGGGCUUUAACACCGACGAUGACCAGUGGUGA